GUCGUGGUUACCUGUGAAUAUAAUACCUGUGAAAUCUAAAAUUGCCGAAAGAUGGCACUACUGGUCUAGCAGACGAAAGUUAAAAGAAGGAAGAAAACAAUUCUCAAAUUAGCCUUUAUCGUCUUCCAUCAGAAAUUGAUCAGCAAAUCGUUGUUGUUGUAAGUUUAUUUAUGUCAACAGGUGUGUUGGAUUAAGAAUUCAGAAUGAAAUGCAAGUUGUGUUUGUUGGCUCUGUAAAAGAAUUGGACAGAGUAAAGAAAGGGACAUAGACAUCAUUCCCGAUUCUCCGUGUGGCCUAUUCUUAAUGAUGAAGGUUAUAUUUCUCCUUGGACUUGCCUGGAGUUGCUUAUAGAUGAACUGUGGGAAAACGCCGGCCCGUCAUUGUGCAUUUAAUUUUAAUCAAGAAUUAACUGCUGUGAAAACAAACGGGAAAAAGGUUCUUCUUGUAUGUUACCAAAAUGCCCUCCAGACGCCCACCGCUCACAGAAGAGCAGAGAGUUGAAAAGAAUGCAAAGCUUCGCGCAAGAAGGGCUGCAGAAACGGCUGAUGCUAGAGAGAGGCGGUUGCAGGAAAACAGAGAACGAAAAGCUGCAUUAAAAAUACGAAGGCUCAAUAAUGACAAAACUCUGGAGACUCAUGCUGCACAAGCUGCACGUAAACGAAUAGCACGUCAACAAGAAACAUCAGAACAAAAAGAAGCUAGGCGCAAACAAGACAGAUUACGCCGUCGAAUUCUCUGCACUAAAAAAAAACAAGAAGAGCAAGAAAUAGUAACUGCUUCAACGAUAUCCUCAUUUCAAAUAAAUUGUGAAUUAAAGUCCGGUUGGAAACGUGACCAGAAUACCUCAGAAACGACGAUGGAAGUAGGACAAUCGGGCGAUGCGAAGAGUGUGCCCACGGUCCUUCUGCUUAUUCUUCCUACACCUGUUGAAUCAGAAGUUAAGCAGAUAAAACAGGAACAUGCUUGUAAAGAUGUAGCGCCCGUUCAACCGACUCUUCCCGUGCCUUCUACACAGUUACUUCGUCUUCUUCAUCAGCACAACGAGAACGGGGUACAGGCGAAUCUAAGUGAUCUGGAACUAUCAGAUCCAGACGCCCUGGUAAAAUCCACAGGCUCAAUAGGAAACGAAAGAAAAGGGAUAGCAAGUUAUGUCUCAAAUCAGCAGAAAAAGAAAGGUAUACCGUGUAGUUCUUCAGUAACGAACUCUGCCGUCCUUCAAACUAUUAAAAAUCUGCAUCAAGCUCCUGCCAAACAGCCCCAUAUCCUUCCUAUGCAAUCAAACAGUACUCUAAGUCUUGAGAGUCAAACUAAGAUUGUAACACUUUCUCUCCCACCUGCUACCCCAAAGUCUGAGAGUCUGCCAAAUGUCACCGUCAAAACAAAAUCUCACACACUUUCUUCAUCGUCCAGAGCGAUAAAGCCAAAAACGCCGAAACCGCGUCUUAUCCUUCCAAAGCAGUCAAAGAGUACUCCAGGUGUUUUGCUAACUUGGUCUUUUAAUCAAAUCAAUCGGAUUCCCUUGGCGAUCUCUGCCGUUAUUCCACCUAGUUGCCAGAAAAGGACUAUGUUACCAAUCGUAUAUGACAGCCAAUCUAAAAAGGCAACUCUUUCCCAAUCGUCGGUUACCCCAGAAUCUGUGAGUCUACCGAUGGAAUGGCCUGUAACAAAAUCUCACACAAUUACUUUAACGAACGAAGCAGAAGAGCCAAAAGUAGCAACGAGCAUUCCAAUGAAAACUAUUGUGGUCAAAAGCCUAUUGAACAGUCCUCAGGCGGCCGGAAAGGAAAUCAGUGACAGCUUGCGUCCGGCUGAAGUUCUUCAAACCUGUUCACGACAGCAGGAAUCUAGCAUCUCGAAAAAUAACAGAAAAGUUCUUCCUGCGCAAGACCCGGGGACUAUUCUCAAAUCACUUCGACAAUUUCGACCCCUUCGACUACCUGGAUCAGCUCUGGUAAAAGAUGCUACAGCGACUCAUCCAGCCUUAACAGCAGCAAGAGCCAAGAUUUCUUCUAGUGUACAGUUUUAGUUGUUGUUGGAGUUGCCUUUGACAUUGCUUGGCUCACGCCAUUUAGCCUAUUUUAAAACUGAUAAUUGAUUUCGUUUCAUUACUGUUUUAUCGGUAUUAUAUACGUAAAAAAAAUUA